AUGUUUUGUUUCAGUGGAUGCACAAGUCUUAAUAAAAUAAACAUUCCAUCGACAGUCGUUUUCAUCGGAACGAACGCAUUCCAGAACACGAACAUCGAAACUAUCACAUUUUCACCAGAUAGUCAUAUGCGUGUUCUUAACCAGUAUGUUUUCAGUGGAUGCAACACACUUCGAAAUAUCGAAAACAUUCCAAGUGGUAUCGAGUCCAUCGAAUCUAACUGUUUCGAGUUCACAAAUCUCGAAACAUUCACCGUUCCAGUCUGCACAGUCAGUAUCUCAGACUAUGCAUUCCGAGGUUGCACAUCUCUUCGUGUCUUCACUAUUCCAUCAGGUUGUCUUCUUAGUAAUAUCGGAAACUUCAUCUUCAGAGGAUGCACAUCUCUUAGUGUUAUCGAGUGUGAUCACAGCGAACACUUCGUUGUCGACAACGGUGCACUUUUCAACAAAGAACGAAGCAAUCUUAUCUACUUCCCUCCUGCAUCUUCGAUCAAGUUCUUCUGCUUCUCACAGAACGUCAAGAGUAUCUCAUCCAGUGCAUUCUUCGGAUGCAAGCAUCUUGAAGGUAUCAUGAUCCCAGACAACUCUAUCGAAACUAUCGGUUUCUCAGCAUUCUCUGAAUGCACAUCUCUGAAGUACAUCAACAUACCUCUCUGUGUGAAGACGAUCGAACAAAACGCAUUCUCAGGAUGCAUCAAUCUUCACUGCGGUGUUAACAUACAGAACAAGACUCGUUCAUAUAUUGAUAACAUUGUUGUUUCUAGUGGUCUUAGUAUCAACUCUAUGAAAUCAUGUUCACUGAUCACAUGCAAACAAAUUCACUACCAAAAUCCUCUUUCAAAUUCACAUCUAUAUGUUUUCAUUCUAAUGUAA